AUGAUGCUAGUUGAUCCAGAGAGUGCGCAAAAAGGGCACGAGCCGAGCGUGGCAGUAGUCGCCGUUGUCAGUAAAGAUGAAGUACAAGUUAAAAGCCAGCUUGAGGAAGAAGAUGAAAUGUACGUUCACUGUCGGGCUUCUGCUACACUUGCUCCGGCUGAUAGUGUCUUCGACCUCGCUGAAGGAUGGGGUUUCUUGGAUGAAGCUAGAAAACGCAUGCCGCAGGCUGUUCCUCCUGAAGAAAUCUACAGUGCGAUGGCUUUGUCCGGACUCCAAUACAAGAAGAGGUUCCAGACCAUACGUGAGGCCUACAGAAGUGAAACUGAAGCACUGUGCAGGCUCCAAAUCCAGCAACCGUCUCUACCAUUCGAAAGGAACUUCCGCUUCCAUCCGGCUCUGUUGGAUGGUGCCAUCCAGUCCGCCUCACUACUACUAGACGACGUGCAGCCAACGCGUCCUAUGGUUCCUGUCGGCAUUCGCAAGGCAACAAUGGCGCGAUUGCCGCCAGAUGUUGUUGUUUGGAGCCAUGCGGUCUUAAAGAAGAAGGAUUCGAACACAGCUAUCCUAGACCUAACUAUAUUUGGAGGUAAAGGACGACCUUAUGCAGUGCUAGAUGAUCUGACGCUACGUGUUGUAGACAUGUCACAGCGCGCCUCCAUCCCAAGGAAUUUCCUAUGGGAAGUAAGGUGGCGUCCACGCUUCCCUGAUGGCGAAGUAAAGGCUUCUGCAUCCACAAGAAAUAGCGCCGGGGGUUCUCCAGGGAACAGCGGGGGUCAGCAAGAUGAUAUCGAAACGCGCACGACAUCUCCACAGUCUGACUCUCACCCGAGAAGAGCAGUUCCUAUAUUAUUGCUUAACUGCCCUGAGGACUUUGUGGAAGGUACAAAGGAAUGUGCCAGUUCAAUACCUUUCCAGAUGGCCUCAGUUGAGGCAUUGCACGGUGCAUUGGACCAAAAGGGGACAGAAGGCAAAGUGUUCAGUGCAAUUGUUUACAUGGGUGCUCUAGAUAAACUGCGCUCUGAGGUAGACUGUAUCGACGAUUGUCUGACAAUAUCCAAGGCUUUGGCGCAAGCUCCAGUUCAUGUUGAGAUUCCUCCCACCUUUAUUCUUACUACAGGGCACGUUCACGCAACAGAAGACGACGCGGUCUUCAACCCAGUUCAUGGUGGUGUCUGGGGAUUCUGCAGAUCUGCUCGGCUUGAAGUCGAGAACAUCAUAGGGCGGCCGGUACACCUUGGAUGUCUGGACAUACCCCCAGAAGCAGCGAACGAUCCCUCGGUACUUGCCCAUAUUGUCACGCAGGCAAUACCCGAUGAUGACUCUCCUCCUGAAGUCGAGAUUUGCUUCCGGGACGAUGUCCAGUAUGUCCCACGACUGUCUAAAUCUCCCGUCGAGUGCCGUGGUCCAGUCGAACUAUUUUUGGGUAACCGUGGCGCCUUGAGCAUGCUUAAGCUACGGCCCCUACCGGCUGCAGCACGGGUCGAUCCGCCUGAGGGGUGUGUUGAACUGCGAAUUCGCUCGGUUGGCUUGAACUUCCGGGAUGUGCUCAACGUCAUGGGAUUGUACCCAGGGGAUCCCGGUUUACCGGGGGCUGAUUGUGCAGGUACUGUGGUGCGAGUUGGGCCUGGGGUUAGCAGAUUUAAAAUCGGUGACUGCGUGUAUGGGAUAACUCCUGGUUGUUUAAGGAGUUUUGCCAUAACAUCUGCGGAUCUCAUACGACAGAUGCCUACUAGUUUAACAUUUGACGAAGCAGCCGCUCUUCCCGUUGUUGCAUCGACUGUUGAAUAUUCCUUAGGAGAUCUAGCUAAACGGUGGUCGCAAGGCUGA